AUGGAUUCGGGACCUGCCCAAGAAGUAACCGAGUUGUUGCGACAAUGGGAAGAGCAACAGGCGACACCAAAUUAUGAUCCCAUUCCAACUUUGACUAGGAUAGCAGAGAUAAUAGAAGCAGAGACAGAGAAUUUUAUGAAAAAGGACCCAGAUCCAUUUGAUGAAAGGCACCCAUCACGAACGGAUCCAGAGUGCGCAUUGGGACAUGCCCUUAAAGUUAUGUUUAAGAAAGACAACUUUAUGACUAAGCUAGUUAAUGAUUAUGUUCGUGAUACAUACUAUUCAAGACAGAAUAUUAUCGGCCGUGAUGUUAACAAACUAAAUGUUGUUGCUUGUCGACUCACACUUGACCUAAUGCCUGGAUUGGAAAUGAGUGUUGUGUUUCAGGAUAAUGAAAACCUUAUAAAUAGAUUAGUGGGUUGGGCUACAAAUUCACAAGAACCAUUACAAUCCUAUGCAACAGGUCUACUCGCUGCUGCAAUGGAAGUUCAGGAAAUUGCCACAAACUUUCGUGAUUUAAACGCAAUGUUAGUACCACUAAUGCUGGGAAGACUACAUAACCUAAGGAAUAAAUCACUUGAAGAAAAGCCUCAAAAUCAAAGCAAUCAAACGCGUCACUUCGCCCGUUUUGACAAAAGGACAAGCAACGAAUUCAAGCCAAAUGGACCGAGUAAUGGUAAAGAAGCAGAGGACGCCGGUGGAGGGGAAAUGGAGUUGGACUCUUCGGGGGUUGGAUCAAGCUCCAAUUUAAUUAAAUCUCCUCCAACGCCUCAGAAGAAUAACAGUAAGUGUCCUAUGGUCACCGCCUGGUACGCACAGGACCCUCCCUCCCCCCCUCAUCCUCAUGAGACGUCAUCGAACUCCAGCUGGGUCGAAAUGGAGACGUAUGUUAUUGGUAAUAUUCAAAUUCAUCCUCUGACGGACGCAACCAAACAAAUGUUAAUACUCCGAUAUUUGACGCCGAUGGGGGAAUAUCAAGAGUUCCUGUCGCACGUGUUCGAGAAGGACGCGUUAGGUCUUAUUCUAGGAUACCUAAACGUUCGUGAGUCCAAAGAUUCGAGGCUGGCUUUCGAAGCACUGAAGUAUUUAGCUGCCUUACUCUGUCAUAAGAAGUUUUCUAUAGAUUUCAUUAACAUGGGAGGAUUGCAGAAAUUUCUAGAAGUCCCACGGCCAUCUGUGGCUGCCACAGGUGUGUCUAUAUGCUUAUAUUAUCUGGCUUAUUGUGAGGAUGCGAUGGAGAGAGUCUGCCAGCUGCCCCGAAGGACUUUGGCCGACUUAGUACGAUACGCCCUUUGGUUGUUAGAAUGUUCCCAUGACUCGGGGAGAUGUCACGCGACCAUGUUCUUCGGCCUCUCAUUCCAGUUUAGAGUUAUUUUGGAAGAGUUUGACAAUCAGGAUGGUCUUCGGAAACUAUACAAUGUGAUAUCAACACUCCCGAUCCUUGGGUCUGAUGAAGAGGAACUUCGGGUGUCUGACGAUGAGACCUGCGCUGCACGACAGAUAGUCCGGCACGUGUGUGUGGCUCUUAGAAGAUAUUUCGAGCCGCACCUACGUAUACGCGCGUCGCUGGUUGCUAGGCAACAAGGGGAUACGCUACCAGAACCACCGCCCUAUAAGGCAUCCAAGUCCUCGCCAGAAGAGAUACAGGAGCAGAUAGAAAUAGUCCAACACGCGCCAUGGUCGCGUUGGCCUCCAGUAGACGAACUUUUGGAGUUGGGAGGUGUAACGCUGCUUUUGCAGGUGGUCGGAUUCGCGUAUGACUGGAACUAUAAUGGCCGGGCAGAAACGGUGCGAUCAGCCCUCGACGUGAUAUCCGUGUGCUGUGUGGCGCCACGCGUUCAACUUCUGCUCACCGAGAAGAUCAGCAUGAGGGAGUCGGAAAUGAUUGCAGGCGUCAGUAUAGUGCUGGCGGCGGCAGAUGGUGACAUAAUAGUGGAGCCGGAAGUUCAAAAGGCCGCUCUGAAUGUGUUAGUCAAUUGCGUGUGCGCACCUUUACACAGGUCUGGAAUAUCAACGGCUCGCUUUUCGAUACCUGGUUCCUCAAAGAAGAAGACAAUGAAAUCCUAUGAAGACGUGAUUCAGAAAGUCUGGGAGAGCGUCAGAACCAAUAAUGGAAUUAUGGUUCUCCUUUCAUUAAUGAUGACGAAAUCGCCGAUAACAGACGCAGACAGGAUCCGGGGGCUGGCGUGUAGGGCUUUGUGCGGCUUGGCCCGGUGCUCCACUGUCCGGCAGAUCAUCUCGAAGCUACCUUUGUUUACCACAUCACAAAUACAAGUACUAAUGCGUGAUCCAAUACUCCAAGAGAAACGUCAGGAGCACGUGAUGUUCCAGAAGUAUGCUCUGGAGCUUCUAGAACGAGUUUCCGGCAAGAGCAAACACAUGGGAGCGGAGUUUGAGACUUCGCUCGCUAAUAUACAUAGGGCGAACGUGGUGGCCCAAACGAAAAUCAACUACAACGAGAGACAGUUGUUGCAACUGGUUCAGCGCCACCUGGCGGCGAGGGGUUUGACCGAAAGUGCUGCUACUCUGCAGAGGGAGGCUGGUCUUCCGUGCCCAUGUCCGGCUCCGGCCCCACCACCACCACCUGUGUAUACACCUUCAACGCCUGUCAGGACUAGGAUGUCAAUAUCCAGAACGAGUAGUAGCAGUUCCUUGCAAAGAGACAGCUUUGGCCUCGACCAUCUGCACAUGAAUAACGAAGACAGUCCGAUGCCUAGUGUUAUCAAAAUAAGAAAAGUUCAAAAUCCAAACCCGUCGACGCCGACGUCGGAGCAUAAGCGGUCCCUUCAGAAGCAGUUAAGCAUCGCGGGCGCUGAUCGUCCACCGUCACCUCCCAGGAUCACCCUCCACUCCAUCAUCACGGAGUACCUCUACAACCAGCACGCCCUGUGCAAGAACCCGGUGGUUACUUGUCCGCAGUUUAAUUUGUUUGAACCCCACAAAUGUCCCGAACCCCGGCCGGGCGGUCUAACCUCCGUGAGCUCGCGGCACACCGAGCCCCUGAACAUCUGCGGACGCCUCGUGAGGCGCGAGCUCGGCACGUCCAGCUCGUGCCGGGAGCACGCUGCGCUCGCGCACUCCAACUUCGCCGCCUCGCGCACGUUACGGCUCUCGGACGACGACGCCUAUUUUACGCACGCUAUAUUCCAUCCAACACAACAGCAGUUACUAGCGGCGACAUCUUCCGGGGACAUCCGGGUGUUCAAUUUGUUCAGCGGCACCGAGGAGCAUUCCUAUCGAGUGCACGAUUCGUAUAUAAUAUAUCAUAUACAGUCAAGCAGAGACGGUUUGCUUCUCCUGGCUUCGUCGUCCACAUCAUGGCGGACGCAUUCGGCUCUUUGGAACAUGAAGGAAUUUGAACAUUGCUUUUCACUAGACAACGAGGAGUACGUGGAGUUCUCAAAAAUGACGGACGACCGGAUCAUCGGUACCAAGGGGGAGACGGCUACCAUCUACGACACGUUAACGGGCAGAGAACUGAUGACCCUGAAGCCGUCCAUCAGCAAUCAGUACGGGAAGAACAGAGCCACCUUCAAUCCUACGGACGAGCUGGUGUUAUCUGAUGGUGUUCUAUGGGACGUGAACUCGGGCAAAGAAAUUCAUAAAUUUGAUAAAUUGAAUCAAACGCAUAGUGGAGUGUUUCAUCCGAAUGGACUUGAGGUCAUAUCAAAUACCGAAGUGUGGGACCUUAGAGUAUUUCACUUGUUAAGAACCGUACCAUCGUUGGAUAAGUCGGAAGUUAUUUUUAACCCGGGACGCACAGUGCUGUACGCCGUCUGCUCGGAUCAGGACCCCGAAGAGAGGAGUCAGUUCGAUACUAGUUUUAAAACUUUAUCCGCUCACGACUACGCCAGUAUAGCUACCAUAGACGUGAAACGGAACAUAUACGGCCUCAGCGUGUCACCCUACGGCACGCAGAUCUCCGUCGUGGAGAAUUUAGGUGAUUUUGAGCAGGUUCAGGAGUCCUGCGUCAAGAUUUACGACGUUGGACGAAAGCGGGACCAUGAGGACGAUGUGGAGGAAGACGAAGAGGAGGAUAUGACAGGUCGCUCUGAAAAUGAUGAUGGAUCAGACUCAGGCUCCGAGAAUGACGAUGAUUUAGCGUCGAGCCUGCUACGCAAUGCAGUGAUGGGUUUAGCUGAAGAAGAGAGCUCCGGAGAGUCUUCGAGGGGAGACAACGAGCCCGAUAGAAGAGAGAGGAGAAGAGUCAGGACACGGAGACGGGCCGCGGAGCAGCACAGUAGCGACAGCGAUGGCGAUAUUGAACUUGGCGAUAUCGUUGAGUUUGACUUCGACUGA